AUGCGUUACCCUGCAUGGAAAUAUAUAUUGAUUCUAGUGGUACUAGUGAUCAGUACAUUAUAUGCGCUGCCGAGUUUGUAUCCUGACGAACCUGCUGUUCAAAUUUCUGGUGCCAAGGCUGGUACCACAAUUGAUCAGUCUGUCAUACAAAAAGCAGAGCAAAUUUUAAAAAGUGAAAAUAUUAGCAGUCAUGAUAAUACCUUCACCAACAAUGCUGCCCUUUUACGUUUAAGUACGUCUGAAGCACAGUUAAAAGCAAAAGAUGUCCUCAGCAAAGGUUUGGGUGAGAACUAUACCGUUGCAUUAAACCUUGCACCAACCACACCUGAGUGGUUGCAAAAAAUUGGCGCUAAGCCAAUGAAGCUUGGUUUGGACUUACGUGGUGGUGUGCAUUUCUUACUUGAAGUAGAUAUGGACAAAGCUAUUGCACAACGUAUGGAAACCUCAGCAACAGACUUACGUCGUGAGUUCCGUGACAAUAAGAUUAAAUUUAAUAGUCUUUCAUUGAACAACAAUACCAUUACGAUUCAGUUUGCAAAUAAUGAUGACCGUGCAGCGGUAAUGGACUUUUUACGUCGUGAUGGGAAUAAGUUCAAUCAACAAGCUUUAGCAACGGAUACAGGUUCAACGCUUAAGUUGACCUAUAACGAUGCGACCAAGCAAGACAUUCAAUCUUAUGCACUUAACCAAAACUUAACCACCUUACGUAAUCGUAUUAAUGAGUUAGGUGUGGCUGAAGCAUUGGUACAAAGCCAAGGUAGCAACCGUAUUGUGGUUGAACUGCCUGGUGUACAAGAUACUGCCGAAGCUAAACGUGUCUUGGGGCGUACUGCAAACCUUGAAUUCCGUUUAGUGUCUGAUUUAAAUGAUCAAUAUAUUGACCGUAAAUAUAAUGGUCAACCUUUACCGCCAGGUACUGAAGUUUUUGCUUACGAAUCUUUGGACAGUGGUCGUGAACUAUUAUUAAAUCGCAGCCGUAUCCUUACCGGUGAACGUGUACAAAAUGCAUCAAGUGGUUUUAGCCAAGAUAGUGGUGGCGCUGAAGUAAAUAUUACUUUAGAUACUGCUGGUGGUAAGUUGAUGUCAGAUGCAACCCGUACUGCUGUUGGCAAACGUAUGGCGGUUUUGUUUAUUGAAAAUAAACAAAAAAUCACCUCUGUUGCUGAUCCAGUUACAGGUGCGAUGACAGAAGUUCGCACACCAUAUACUGAAUCUGUGGUGAUCAAUGCUGCAAAUAUUCAAGCGGUUUUAGGUUCAUCUUUCCGUAUUACCGGUUUAGAUUCUCCUCAAGAAGCGGCUGAACUUGCAUUGAUGUUACGUGCUGGUGCUUUAGCUGCACCAAUGUACUUUGUAGAAGAACGUGUUGUUGGUCCAAGUUUGGGGCAAGAGAACAUCGACAAAGGCGUAUUAUCAACUCAAGUUGGUUUCCUGCUUGUUGCAAUCUGGAUGAUCGUGUUCUUCCGUCUAUUUGGUUUAAUUGCUGAUGUAGCAUUAGUGAUUAACUUGGCAAUGCUUCUCACCAUCAUGUCUUGGAUCGGGGCUUCACUGACCUUGCCAGGUAUUGCAGGUAUCGUAAUCACCAUUGGUAUGGCGGUCGAUGCCAACGUACUGAUCUGUGAGCGAAUACGAGAAGAAAUGCGCUGGGGGGCCUCGCCCAAACAGGCCAUUAUUGCCGGUUAUGAUCGAGCAUAUAACACCAUUCUCGACUCAAACUUAACCACAUUCUUGGUUGCAUUUAUUCUGUUUGCUAUUGGUACAGGUCCGAUCAAAGGCUUCGCUGUAACGCUGAUGAUUGUAACACGUGCAAUUGUUCAAUUGGUGUAUGGCAGAAAACGUAACUUGAAUAAGUUGAGCAUAUAG